AGGAACCGUCUCGCGCCUCAUCAGCGAAAUGUCAUUUUAGGAAGUGGUUUUACAAAAGUAACAACAACAACGCGUUGACACAACAUCCAUGGUUGACAGAGAAGGAGCUAAAAAUCACAGCUGAACCAGUGAAUCCAAAAGAUGAAGAGAGAGAUUUAAUCACAGAAUGCACCGAAGAAAUGGCAUCCGCUUUCUUUUAAUAUGCUGCAUGUUUGUCCAGAAAAACACACAGACAAACUGCAUGCACACAGAGCACAUCUUUAUGUUUCCCUGAAUGCUGUGCGCAAAACCAGAGAAACCAAGCAGCACAUCCCAAAAGCUGACGAAUGACAUUUAAAGCAGAGGAGGAAACUUAAACACUUUGUGUUCUCCUUCCUGACCUGUAAUCCUUGUGCGAUGGACGGGCCUCUGCUGGAUCGAUUGUCGGCUCGGGGCUGCUGCUCCUACAACACCCUCAAGGCGUGGCUGCCGAUCCUCUCCUGGCUGCCUGGGUACAAGCUGAAGUGGCUUCAGAUGGACCUGCUCGCCGGCCUCACCGUCGGGCUGACAACUGUACCGCAGGCACUGGCUUAUGCUGAAGUAGCCGGCCUUCCUGUUCAGUAUGGACUCUACUCUGCCUUCAUGGGGGGGUUCAUCUACACCCUCCUGGGGACCUCUAAGGACGUGACACUGGGUCCCACGGCCAUCAUGUCCCUCCUGUGCUUCUCCGUGGUGGGGGGGCAGCCGCACCAAGCCGUGCUGCUCAGCCUCCUCUGUGGAGUCAUCCAGGCUCUAAUGGCAUUACUGAGAUUAGGUUUCCUGCUAGACUUCAUCUCGUUCCCUGUAAUAAAAGGCUUCACUUGUGCUGCUGCGAUAACCAUUGGCUUUGGCCAGGUCAAGAAUAUUCUGGGACUCCAGGGCAUUCCCCACGAGUUUGUCCUGGAAGUCUACUACACCUUCUACAAGAUCCCAGAAGCCAGGAUAGGUGACGUGGUACUGGGUCUGCUUUGUCUCGCUCUGCUGGUCACGUUGUGUUUUAUGAAGACGAGUCUGGGCUCUGACGACGCUCCCACCUGCUCCAGAGUCGCCAGGAAACUAGUGUGGACGGUUGCUACCAUGCGUAACGCUCUGGUGGUCGUGGCUGCAUCCUUGGUAGCAUUUUCUUGGAAUGCUUACGGUCAUCCCGUGUUUACAGUCACUGGGGAAGCUACCCAGGGGCUCCCACCGUUCAGGCCCCCACCCACCUCAGACACCACAGCCAACGGCACCGUCGUCUCCUUUGGAGAGAUUAUAGAGGGCUUUGGAGGAGGGCUUGCUGUGAUUCCCUUCAUGGGUCUGUUGGAGAGCAUUGCUAUCGCCAAAGCUUUCGGCAGGCAGAAUGACUACAGAAUUGAUGCCAACCAGGAGCUGCUGGCAAUUGGUGUGACCAAUAUCAUGGGCUCCUUUGUGUCAGCCUACCCUGUCACUGGCAGCUUUGGAAGGACGGCAGUGAACUCUCAGACUGGUGUUUGCACUCCAGCUGGAGGAAUCAUCACCAGUGUGAUAGUGUUGCUUUCCCUGGCCUUCCUCAUGCCGGCCUUCUACUACAUCCCCAAAGCUUCCUUAGCUGCCGUUAUCAUCUGUGCGGUAGUGCCCAUGGUGGAUUACCGCGUCGUGGCUAAGAUGUGGAGGAUAUGCAAGCUGGACCUGCUGCCUUUCGUUGUGACGUUCCUGAUGAGUUUCUGGCAGGUGCAGUACGGCAUUGUAGGAGGUGUAGCUGUAUCUGGAGCCCUGCUGCUGUACAACCUGGCAAGACCCCAGAUAAAGGUGUCUGAUCACGGUGUGCUGGUGAUGGAGUUGGGCAGUGGACUCAGCUUCCCUGCCACAGAGUAUCUCAGCCACAUCAUACACACUCAGGCUCUGCAGGCGGCUCCUCCACGCUCAGUGGUCCUGGAUUGCCAUCAUGUCAGCAUCGUUGAUUACUCAGUGAUUAGCGAGCUCGGGGAUCUGCUGAAGCAGUUCAAAUUACGAGAAGUGCAACUGGUCUUUUCUAGAUUGCAGCCCUCUGUUCUGGAGGUUCUCCUCGCUGCUGAUCUGCAGGGCUUCAGGUAUACAGACAGUGUGGAGGCGGCGCUGCAGAUGGAGUCAUAGAGCCUCCUCAAUGUGUGACACAAAAACCAUCCAAUCACAGAUGGGAGAGGAGAUUUUUGAUGCUGGACAGAAGAAAUGUAGCAACACUGAUCAGUGACAUUUCUGAUCUGAGGUUAUUGGGCUGUUGUGAAGUUGAAAACAACAGAUUCACUUGCUGUAAGGUGUACGGUAAGGUGACUAGACUUUGGAAAUCACUGUGGGACCUCCGAGAUUACAGCACUACAUUACCAUCGCACAACAACACU